GGGAGACAACUCUGUGAGCAUUUCCGGAAAUAAGGCGCACAUGUGUUGAUUACUUAUGAUCGUGAUGUUUUCCUUUACAAUCGCGUCUCUUCGAAAGUAACACGAUUUCUGCGUUGCGUCAUCUUGAAAUACAGGAACAUGAGUAUCAUACCAUGUCUGACGUGGGUGAAGCGAGGUGUCGCUAAAACAAGUCCAGAGAAAGUAAAAUUGGAGAAGGACGACCUGAAAAGAAUCAUAGAAGAAACGAGAGAAGAAUUAGAGGAAGAUGAGCAAUCAGAUACAUCAGAAGAGGAGGAAGAGACUGAAGGAGCUACGGGAGGGAAGACGUUAAAGACAGCAAAAAUAGAGAAGAAGAAGAAACAUCAAGACAAUGAAGAAAUGGAGGUUGAUGAUAUAGUGGACAGAUAUGGAUUAGAGGAUUAUGAUGAUGACAAUGAUGGAGAUGCACAUAAUCCCCUUAAAGGCCUGGGUAACUUGGUGUACUACACAAGCAAUGAUGAUGAUCCCUACAUCACACUCAACGAUGAAAAAGACAGUGAUGAUGAAGAAUAUGAGAUCAAGAACACAGACAAUAUGCUGGUGGUCGGCAAGGCAACAGAGGAAUCGUGUAAUCUAGAUGUCUAUAUUUAUAAUGAGGAGUUUGGUAACCUAUAUAUUCACCAUGACAUCAUCCUAUCUACAUUCCCCUUGUGUGUGGAAUGGCUCAACUACGAUAUUUGUGAUCAGGAAACAGGUAAUUUUGUUGCGGUUGGAACCAUGGACCCUGUGAUAGAGAUCUGGGACCUGGAUGUAGUAGACUCCCUAGAGCCAGUCGCCAUGCUGGGAAGUAAACUUUCCAAGAAAAAGAAGAAAAAGACGAAAGGAGUAGUUGGUCACACUGACUCUGUACUGGACUUGUCCUGGAACUCCAAUGUAAGAAAUGUCCUAGCUAGUGCAUCUGCAGACUUUACUGUGGGAUUGUGGGACUUGAAUGAAGGAAAAAUUGUCACAUCUAUAACACGUCACAAAGAAAAGGUCCAGAGUGUGAAAUGGCAUCCAGUGGAAUCCCAGUCCCUGUUGUCUGGCUCAUUUGACAACACAGUAAAGGUGUACGACUGCCGGAGUCCUAACGACACAUUCAAAAGCUGGAGUCUGGAUGGUGAAAUAGAGAGGGUUAUCUGGGACUCGUUUUCGCCUCUCAACUUCUUUGCCAGUACAGAUUCAGGGAGAGUGUACUACCUGGACUCGCGCACAGAUAAACCUCUGUAUACUCUCUCCGCUCAUAACAAGGCAGUUACAGGACUGGCACUAAGCAGCAGUGUUAAAGGCCUGCUAUCCACAGUAUCUCCCGACCAGACUCUCAAGGUGUGGGAUGUCCUAGACAACAAACCCUCGUUAGUUCUAGAGAAAGAUCUAAAACUGAAUGACUUGCACUGCUUGGGAGCCUGUCCAGAGGCACCUUUUGUAUUUGCGGUUGGUGGAGAGAAGGACCUACGGGUUUGGGAUAUUAGAAGUAGUGCUCCAGUACGUAAGCACUUUUUCAAUCGUGCACCCUCUGGUGUGACCAUGGAAGAUCUUGAUGAAGGGGAGACAACAGCAGCAUUAGAGAACUUGGAAAUUGAUAAUGAUUCUGAUGCAGAAGAAAUGGAAAAUCUCAUUGCUGGAUUUUCUGGAGAACCCCAAACUACACUAACAGCUUCUGGUAGUAGUUCUGCGAAAAAGAAAAAGAAGAAAAAGAAACCAAAACAGAAAUUUUAAGAGCACUUGUUUAUAAUGUAUUCAUUUCUUUAAUAUUAUUGUAUGAAAUUAAAUUUUGUUAUGAAACAA